CACAUCUGGAAAGUCUGGAUCUCAGGUCUGGAUCAAAAGUCCAUAAUGGGUUCUCGUAAUAUCGCAGAAAACGUUUCGACGUAUGAUGUUGACGAUGACCACCAGGACGAUCGUAUUACCUACGAGCAUGAGUGCUCAUUGAGAGAUUCUCCCCCAAUUCUGUCGAGCCGCUUCAAGUCCCCGAAGAGUUUGGGUUUCAAAAUUCGUCGGUGGUUCCUCAUCGAUCACGAUCAUCCGAUGACCAGGCGCCUCUACCGGUCCAGUUAUCUCUUCCGGACGGAACUGAGUCGGCACAUCAAGAGUGAUUUCUGGUACAUCAUCCAUCCAUUCAGUAGGUUCCGCUUUUUCUGGGACUGUUGGUUGCUGUUCUACAUUUACGCCAUUCUGCUGUUCAUACCGCUGCGGAUUAGCUUCACUGCAUCGCUGUUAGAGGACCGUUACCAUUAUGUGAUUUCAGCGAUAGUGAAUGUGUUGGCAAGUUUUGAAGUGCUGGUAAACUGUUUGACUGGAUUUUCGAGAGAUAAAUAUUGGAGGAAUAUAAAUCUGAACCCAACGAAGAUCUUUCUGAACUAUUUGAGAGGAUACUUUUUAAUCGAUCUGACAUUUGCGCUUCCUUCUGCUAUGUUAGUCAAAGCAUUUGCUCACGACGAAAAAUGGAUUUCGAUAACGAUUGAUGUUGUCCACGUUUUUAUAGUUUUAAAAUUAUUAUCUGUGAAAUUAAUUUGGGGGUAUUUGAUCAACAUUUUCGAGCGUUACAAAUUGGAUAUGACACACUAUUAUGUGAUUCGUUUGAUUCUUAUAUCGGGUUUGUUCGUGCAUUGGUGCAUUUGUGUCUACAAAUUAGGAGUACUGAUGGCCAACGACGUCGAACAGGGAAUAGAUCCACAGUGGGACGAGCACGUGCGAUUCCUGCGUGACAGAAACAACAGCAUGUUUACCCGCUAUGGCAAAUGCUUUGCGACGGUUCUGUUCUACCUGUUUGCACUAAGCUUUGGGGAGCUUGGAAUCCCAAAAACGGUUCAUGGCAAAAUCAUGGCUUCUAUUUGUAUUGUGAUUGGGAUAUGCUUUCAAAUGUACUUGUAUCUGCAAUUUUUCAAACUAAUCACAAUCAAAAGCUCUUCUAACCGGAAAUACGCCGAAGCUAUUAGUGAACUUGAAGCUUACAUAAACAUGAAACAGUUUCCACGAGAAAUGAAAAACCGGCUGAUGUUUUACUAUGAAAAGAAGUUUCAGAAAGGUUAUUUCGCAGAAGACAAGAUUAUCGAAACGUUUUCAGGUCCCUUGAGAAAUCAAAUAAUUAACAACAGAGCGGUUCGAUUCUACGAGAAGGUCCCAAUUUUCCGAGGCAUAUCGGAGCACUUUUUGUUACUGUUGGCGCGCAACAUGGAGAAAGAAAUUUAUUUACCGAACGAUAUGAUCAUGAAAGCAGGGACCGUAGGAAACGCAGUGCACUUUAUUUACACCGGAUCGGUUGCUGUUUAUACCCAGUCGGGAAAAGAGACGGAACACUUGUACGAUGGGGACCAUUUUGGCGAAAUGUCACUUUUUCUAAGAAACAAACAUUUGGUGAGCGUAAUCGCGAUCGAGUUCACCCAAAUUUUCGUUCUGCGGCGCAAAGUGUUUGCCGAGUUUGUUCGCCCGGAACAUGAGCUCUACCAACGGUUCGAGAAGGUGGCCAAAGAGCGGAUGCAGCAAACACUGGUCGCGGAGGAACAGCACAAAAGCCAUCUGCUGAUGAAGGAUGGUGCCAACAACGAGUGAGGGGAACGAGACGACGCAACGCGACGUCGACGGACGACGGCCACCGGCAGAAAUCUGUAGAGGAGCAUUUCGUCGACUGAUGUUGUGGUUAUCGUACGAAGCGAUAUUGUAAUGUUGCGACGAUUGGCGGUGGAGAGGUAAGACAAGCAGGUGCGGGAUAUAAGAGGAUGAUAAAAUUAACAAGAUGCGCCCCGAUAAGCUGGGAGCUUGUGAAACUUUGCGUGAAAGAUGGGAGGCAAUAAAGGCGAUGUGCCAAAUGAAGACAUUUUCGA